AUGUGCAUACCGGAUAGCGCUCGCACCUCAGCUCUGGCCGCCGCCGCACCAGCAACCCCCCUGGACCUCAGCCCCUCCAAGGCCAUGACGCUACCUACCAGCAGUUCCAGCAACGGCAGUAGCAGUAGCGUUCAGGCGACGGCGGUAGCAGCAGGCGGUGUGGGAGAGGGGACUCCGGCAGGGGAGGAUGCUGAUCCCGGGGCGGUGGCUCUGGCGCAGCAGCUGGGUCUGGGUGCGGGCGAGGCGGCGGUGAUCCGGCUGUUUGAGCGGCACCGGGCGUCCGUGGUCAAUAUCAGCGGAAUGCGGGCCAUGCAGACCUUCACCACGCUGGAUCUUGGCAAGCUGCCAUACGGCCAGGGCAGCGGGUUUCUGUGGGGCGACAAGGGCCACGUGGUCACGUGCUACCACCUGGUGAAGGGUGCGGCGGAGGUCAAGGUGACGCUGUACGACAACUCGUCGUACACGGCCAAGGUGCUCGGGUACGACGCAGCCAAAAACGUUGCCGUGCUAAAGCUCUCGGUGCCCAAAAGCAAGCUUCGUGAGCUUCAGCCAGUGACCCUUGGGUCGGCUGCUGGACUGCGAGUGGGGCAAACGGUGUACGGCAUUGGUAACCCCUGGGGCCUGGGGCACACACUGAGUCAGGGUCUUGUGAGCGGCUUGUGUCAGGAGCUGUCCGGCGGUCUGUUCCCCAUCAAGGGGGUUAUCCUGGUGGACAGCGCCCCCGACCCGGGGGGGAGUGGGGGGGUGCUGCUGGACAGCAAGGGCAGCCUGGUGGGGCUGUUGGUGACACCGCCAGCCAGCAGCGGCGGGGGCGGGGCCGGGGGGGGCAAAAUGUCCUUCGCCGUGCCCAUUGACGCCAUUCGCGGUCUUAUCAACCAGAUUCUGGCGUACGGCAGGACCGUACGGCCGGCGAUGGGCAUCACGAUGGCGCCGGCACAGGUUCUGGAGCGUGUGGGUUUGGAGGGUGUGUUGGUGCUGGAGGUGCCCCCGGGUUCCCCCGCACAUGCGGCGGGGCUGAGACCCACACAUCGAGACAUUUUCGGGGAUCUGGUGCUUGGGGAUGUCAUUACGGGGCUGGACGGCAAGGCCGUACGUUCGUCAGCGGAUUUGUACGACGUCCUGGACGAGCACCGAGUCGGCGACCGUGUUAAACUGGACGUGGUGCGGGACGGCAAGCAGAUGGGCCUUACGGUCACCUUGGGGGAGCGGUUGCUCGGAGCGGUGGAGGAGUGA